AUGCAAAAGAUAAAUAAUAAGCUCAAUCUUUUAAGAGAGUUGAUGGCUCAAAGGUCCAUCCAGGCUUAUUUAGUGCCUCACAGCGAUGCUCAUGACUCUGAAUAUACAUCUGACUCAGAUGAACGAUUAGCUUUUAUUUCAGGAUUUGAUGGAAGUGCAGGAAUAGGACUAAUCACUAAUUCAAUAGCUUACUUGUGGACUGAUUCAAGAUACUAUUUGUAAGCUGCAAAAUAAUUGGAGCACGGAUGGGAAUUAUAGAAAUUGGAACCUGGUGUGCCAACAUGGGUGGAACAUGCUAAGGCUAAUUUGAAAGGACAAGCAAUAGGCUAUGAUCCCCUAUUGAUUAGUCAUUAGCUCAGAAAAUCAAGGGGAGCCUCAUUGGAAGAUGUACAAUUCAAAGCAAUCAAUGAAAAUUUGAUUGAUUUGAUUUGGACAAACAAACCUCAAGAUUCUUUAUCUGAGGUCAUUAUCCAUGAAUUAGAGUAUCACCAAUACCCGACAACAAAAAAGAUUUCUUAAAUAUUUGAAAAUCUAAAAGGGAAAAACGCAAAAUCUAUUCUUAUUUCUAAGUUAGAUUAAAUAGCAUGGGUUUUAAAUUUAAGAGGAAAGGAUAUUAAAUUUAAUCCAUUAUUUAAGAGUUACUUAUAUCUAAAGGAUGAUAAUUCUGGAACUUUGUUUAUCAAUCCAAUCAAGGUCAACUAGUAAGUCAAAUAAUACUUAACUGAUAACAACAUUUAAAUAAAAUCAAUCUCAGAUGUAUUUGAGGAGAAAUUCGUUAAUGCUGCUAUAACUCCAGGUGAAAUCAAUGAUAGAUUAAUUCAACAAGUUGAAGAUCCAAUAGUUUUGAAUGCAUGUCCAAUUGAACUCCUAAAAGCUAUUAAAAAUGAAAGAGAAAUCUAAGGAUUUAAGGAAUCACAUAUAAGAGAUGGGGCUGCCUUGGUACAUUACAUAGGAUGGCUUGAAAAACAACUCCUUGAUGGCGCAGUGUUAGAUGAAUUUUAAGCAGCUGAAGUGUUGGCUCAAUAUCGUUAUAAAUAAAGUCGCAAUAUGGGAUUAUCAUUUGAUUCCAUUUCCAGCAGUGGAGCCAAUGCUGCUAUAGUUCAUUAUCAUCCAACUGAGAACAACAAAUCUGUCAUAAAUCCUAAUCACAUCUAUUUGAUUGAUUCUGGUGGUUAAUACUUAGAUGGAACCACUGAUGUCACCAGAACUUAUCACUUCACAUAACCAACGAUAGAAGAAAGGAAUGCAUAUACCAGAGUGCUUUUAGGCAAUUUGGAUAUAGAAAGAUUGAAAUGGCCAAAGAAGAGUAAGAUUCACGGAGGAGACAUGGAUGUAUUAGCUAGAAGAUGGUUAUGGGAAGCUAAUUUAGAUUAUGGACAUGGCACUGGUCAUGGAGUUGGAUAUUUCUUAAAUGUUCAUGAAGGACCUCAUGGAAUUAGUAAAUACAGAACUGAAGUAUUUCAACCUGGUAUGAUUGUAUCUAAUGAGCCUGGAUACUAUGAAGAAGGGAAGUUUGGCAUAAGAAUUGAGAAUUUGAUUCUCUGUGUCCAAGCCAAUGAUCAAUUCUUAGGAUUUGAGAACAUAACCUAUUGUCCAUAUGACAGAAACCUAAUCAAUUUAGAUUUGUUGAGUCCCAAAGACAGACAAUAUAUCGAUUAAUAUCAUGUUUUGGUUAGAAAAACAUUGUUACCAUUGAUGGAAGAAUAAACAGCUAAAGAUUGGUUAUUGAAAAUGACAGAGCCAUUAUGAGGAACAUUAAAUAAUAUACAUUUAUUCGAAUUUAUUUUAUAAUGUCUUACCUUU